AUGGACUACGAAUCACAAAAGGCAGUGGACGAAACCAUCGAAAUUACAGAAGAAGACCCAAGGGAAAUGCGGAGGCUUGUCCGAAAAAUCGACAUAUGCUUGCUGCCAGUAAUGGCAGUUUCGUACAUGUUUCAAUUUUUGGACAAAUCAGCCCUCGCAUAUACAUCAAUCCUUGGACUGAAUGAGAGCCUGCACCUCACUGGAACCCAGUUCUCAUGGUCGAACAGCAUCUAUUACUUCGGCUACCUCGUUGCCUCAUAUCCUUUUGGCUUGCUAAUGGUUCGAUUCUCUGUCGGCAAGGUUAUAGCCUUGUCUGUCGCCAUUUGGGGCAUGAUUUUGAUGCUUACGGCUGUGUGCCACGACCAUUCGGGUCUAUGGGCCAACCGCUGCUUCCUUGGAGUCUCUGAAGCCGCAGUGGCCCCUGGAUUGACGGUUGUCAUUUCUAUGUGGUACACAAGGUCUGAACAGCCACUGAGACAGGCUGCCUGGUUCCUGGGCAAUACAUUUGCCGGUAUCUUUGGUGGCCUCGUCUCGUACGGGAUUGGGCACAUCAAGACAAUUGCGCCUUGGAAGGCCGUCUUUCUUUUUUUUCGGGGCCGCCACUGUUGCGUGGCCGUGAAAAGAGUCAAGACCAACAUGACUGGCAGCAAAGCCACGAAAAUAGAUUGGUCUCAGUGCUUGGAAGCGGUUUGUGACCUUCAAGUUUGGCUGCUGGUGCUGAUCCAGCUGUCGGGGCAGAUCGCGAACGGUGGUGUCCAAGGUUUUGGCUCCAUCGUUAUCCACGGUAUGGGCUUUGAAACAUUAAAGACUCUUCAGGUACAGAUGGUGGCGUACGUGUUUCAGCUCAUUUUUGUCUUGAUCGCAACAAUAGGCAGCACGUUCCUGCAUAACACACGGACAUGGUGGAUUGUUUUUGACAUGGCAUUUGCAAUUGCUGGCGCGGCCAUGGUUGGACAACUAGAUGGCAAAUGGAGCCGUUUCUUUGGAUACUGCCUCACUAUGGGCUACACGCCAAAUCUACCUAUCAUCCUGUCUAUGCUUUCUGCAAAUAUCGCAGGCUUCACGAAAAAAAUGACAGUAAAUGCAAUGAUAUUUAUUGCCUACUGUACAGGCAACAUCAUAGGACCGCAGCUCUUUCUACAGCGAGAAUACCCCACAUACAAAACCGGGUUCCUCGCAAUCAUAAUUUGCUACGUUAUAGGACUCAUAGGCAGUUUACUGCUCCGCGCAAAUCUUGUCUGGGAGAAUGGGCGCCGCGAUUGCGAACAACAGUUGAUGAGCUCGGGUGAAAGAGUGGUCAAGGAUAUUGAGGACCACACGGACAAGCAACUCACGCAGUUUCGCUAUAUAUACUAA